AUGACUUUCUAUUUAUAUCCGACAUUUUCCGACGAUGACUGUGAUGGCUUCCGUGACAAACAAGCAACACUCGUUCGCGUUCUGUGCGAACAAGGAGCACCCCCAGGUAUUGCAAAAUGUCUUCAGAAUCCAAGACAAAAGUGGCUUGCAAGUCCUGUAAUCUUCGCCGAGUCAAAUGCGAUCGAACCGAGGACAAGGCGUGCAUCAACUGUCGAGUGGCUGGACGGGAAUGCGAGCCGAUCAUCUCGCGACGUGGAAAAUACAAGCGUUCCAGCACUAAAGACCAUCGAAGCGCCUCGAGAAAGCACCGGUCCAGAUGCUGGACAGAUUGGGACGACCUGGGAAGAAGCCUGUGAAUCCGGUCAACCGCGCAGCCCGGCUUUUAUCAACAGGGCUAGUGACCCAGGCCGUGGCAACGAGGUGGUGUACUACGGCGACUCGUUCAAUCUCAACUACGUCCUACGUGAGAUGGUGAAUCCGUUCCAGGGCGAUUUUGACAGUUCCUCCUUGAAGCUUGGCAUUGAGGAGUUGUAUUUGAACCACUUGGGGCAGUCGACGAAGGAUCAGCUCGACGCUCAUGAACGUAGCGAGCGCAGCCGGUUACGAGAAAUGGGCGCAUUCCAGCGUCUCGACAAAGAGAUAAGCGAUGCUCUUAUCCAGACGAUCUUCGCGGUAGUAUAUUCUCUCUGUCCUACCUUCGAUCUAUCAGAGUUCGACACCAAGUACAAGGCAGGGAAGAUCUCCGCGCUUGUAUUGCAGGCGCUGUAUUUCGUCGCCGCGGCUCACUGUGAGUUGUCAUCGAUCGAAAAAGCGGGGUUUUCCAGUCGCUAUAUGGCCACAUUCACAUUCUAUCAAAGAGCAAAGGCAUUGUACGAUGCGAACUAUGAAUCGGACGCUAUUGCCACAGUCCAGGCCUCGUACCUUCUCUCCUAUUGGUGGGGUAGCCCUUUGGAACAAAAGGAUAUGUGGCACUGGACUGGGCUUGCUGUUGGCCUUGCACAAUUUCUCGGUUUGCACCAGAGGUAG